AUGAAUACGGACGUAUAUAUAACAAGCUAUUUAAAUGUUUGCUCUCCCGUUUCAGUUCCGUCGACGACGCGCGCGCAGCUCGCGGCGGAGUACCUCGAGUCUUGUCGGAAUCACAACACGCCGCCUAUCGACUCGGUUUUGCAACAGAUACGGGAACUACCAGAAUCAUCAAUCGGCGGCGCGUCGCGUGCGCCGCGUCUGGCCCUCACGGAGUGCGCGCUGCUCGGCACGGCGCCGGCGGACGCGCUCGAGGCGCUCCUGCGCAAGGUGCAGUUCAGGAGGCUGGAGAUAGAACACGCCGCGAUGGAUGACGAGGGCGCGGAGGCGCUGUUCGACAUGAUAGAGUACUACGAGAGUGCGUCAGUGGUGUCCAUCAGCGGGCCGAGGCAGUUCGGCAUUAGGGGGUGGCAGGCGGCCUCCAGGAUGAUCAAGAAGAGCGCGUGCCUGUCGGAGCUGGAGGUGCGCGAGAGUGCGCUGGAGGAGUGUCACGCGCCGGUGCUGGCGCGCGCGCUCCGCCCGCACACGUGCCGCGUGCGCGCGCUCUGUCUGCAGCGCGCGCUGCUCUGCGGGGAGCCGCUACUGUGUCUGGUGAUAGCGCUCAAGUCGAACAGUUCAGUGCGGGAGUUGCGGCUCGGCGACAACCGUCUGUCCGCGUCGGACGCGGCGCAGCUCGGCUCGCUGCUGCGGUUCAACACCACCAUACAGCUUCUGGACCUGUCCAACAACCAGAUACAGGAUGCUGGAGUGGGUCACAUAGCGGACGCGCUAGUGGAGCAGGCUGCGCAGACGCCGCCGUCGGCCGCCACCUCGCCCAUGUCGCCCAACAACUGUCCGUUACUGGGCAGCCACGAGUCGCGAGGCCUAGCUUUCCUGGUCCUCUGGAACAAUCAGCUGACAAGAAACUGUGCCACACAUCUCAGCAAGGCGCUGGUGAGUUGUAGACUUUGAUAAGCAAGAAAACUUCACAAGUUAUC